UACUGAAGCCGAACACUGAGCUACAUCUGCCUCUAAUCAGUCCACAUGCAUUAUUUCAUAUAUUCUGCUAUUCAUUAUAGUUUCUUACCAUGUGCUAAUUGAUUCAUUACUUUAUGCUAAGCAUGCAGUCACAUGCUAGUUAUUAGCUAUACCACAUGUCGAACUUGCUUUGUGUAUCUUUAAAUGCCAUACAUCCUGGUCUGCCAAUGCUUCUAUAUGCAAUGCAACACAUACGUUACCACCCUUCAUUCAUGCUUUGAUGUUCUUCAAACUUCCUGCUCAUCAGUCUGGUAAGUAAUUCUUUAGUCACACUCUGGAGCUCCUUCUUAUUGCAGUUGUGUAAUUACUAUAAAUUAGAACUUCUGAUGGGUAGAUCUGUGCCUUGGCCACCUUGAACUGUGAUGCUCCAAAGUGCCUGAGGGAGAGGAAAGUAUUUUGAAACAUUCUGUGACAUAUUUGAAACAUUCAGCAUAAUCAUGUCAGUAUAAACCCCAUGUUCAGAUAAUGUUCUGUUAGACCAUGGAGGUUUUGCCUGUGUUAGGACUCUGUAAGUGGCUCAGAUAACAUAGAUAACAUGACUGUAGAAAAGCACAUGCAGCUACAAGGAGGCUAAGUGUGUUUCUGCCUACCUGCUGGUGAGGAAGUUAGCUGCGAGAAGGAAUGAGUGAGAAAAUCUCAAAAGAAUGGUAUACUGCAUAUCAUUACAAUCCCAUCCUGCGGAAUUUUAGAAUAAAGAAUGUAAGGAAUAUAUAACUGAAUUUUUAAGCCUAGCAGGAAAAGACAAACUACACUAUUACUUCUUACUUAAAUAGAGCCUGGCCUAAGAUUUACUGGAAAUAGGUUGAAUAGAACAUGCUCAGGUGGAAAAGUGUUUUGUAACUGAUUUCAGCAGAGUUAUUUCUACCUUACAUCUGAGGCAAAUUUAUUCAGAAGUUAUUUAUUGUUGUUGUUAUUUUUUGUUGGCUUUUUAAUUUUUGUAGCUCUAGUCUGACGUUGACAGUUUUAGUUGUCAGCAUGGUCUGUAAAUGCCCCACAUCAGCAUGAUAUAACAUGAGCUGUGAAAUUCACAUUUUCAUCCUUUCAUAUCCUGUUUAUUGCAGGAACUACUGGCCUCUGGGAAGACAGCUGCACCCUCUCAGGCUUUUAUCUUUCGAGCCCUGAGCACAAGGCCUCCUGCACGUAGAUAAGAAGCCCAGGUUGCAAGGUUAGUAAAGAAGGUAGAAGAAAGAGCUGGGCAGAGUGUUUCUCUAAGGAAAAGCUAGUGCUGAAGCCGGGCAUUUUGUGUGCCAGGAAGCAGUCUCUGUUGGACGGGGGGAAAUAGCCCUGAGUAAGAGCUUGUGUAACGCCUGCUUUGUCCCAACAGCUACUUUCCAUAUGCAGCUUGCUAGGGCAAAGGCAGGCACAGACGUCACUGCUUUUCUUCUGGGAGGCUUGGCACUGCUGAAACUCCCAUGUCCCUGAGUAGCGACUCAGCCUACAGCAUGAAGCCAGCGGAUGCAAGCGCUAACGGGUACCAGCCUCAACAAGUCUCGGCACGUUGGGCUCUGGGUUGUUUUGGCUUAACUGGGGUCUUCUCCAGGUCCCCGGCGGAAUCCGUCCCUUGCUGCCCUGCUCAGCGUUUUCGGGGUGAGGUGAAAGCUCGCAGCCCCAACGCCCGUGCCAGCCUUUCUGCGGCUGUAGCUGCUUCUGGCUACAGCCCGCCCCUACGAUGUCCUUAUUGGACUCCCGGCCAAGGGGUGUUGCUGCGAUGAUAGCAGCAGGGCGAGCUGUGCGUUGAUAUGCCGGAUCUGCGGGGCGUUGUGUAAGAAGGAGCUGCAGGGAGCGGAGGAGAAUUAGACAGGAUCACAUUUCUCCUCUGUGAAUUUAAGAGAUUAACAGAAUGUUUGGGACUGUAGUGGUUGGAGUUGGAAUUGCUGGGUUAGCACGGAUUCGAGAUUUGAUGAAUCCAAUGCCUUCUAGCCCUUCAGAGCAUCUGAAGCUCCUUGGAUUUGUAUCCAGGAGAAGUUUUGGCAGUAUUAAUGAGGCCAAGCAGAUUAGCCUAGAAGAUGCUCUAAGAAGCAAAGAGAUUCACGCAGCCUUUAUCAGCACAGAGAACAAAAGCCAUGAAGAAACCAUCAGAAUGUUUUUAGAAGCUGGGAAACAUGUCCUUGUUGAGUACCCCAUGGCUUUGUCUGCUAAGGUAGCCCAUGAGCUCUGGGAGAUGGCUGAGCAAAAAGGUAAAGUCCUCCAUGUGGAGCAUAUUGAACUUCUGACUGAAGAAUACAAGCAGCUGAAAAAGGAGGUGGCUGGGAAAGACCUAGUGAAGGGAACGUUACAUUUCACAGGCAGUGUCCUCGAUGAAACAAAAGCAGGGUUCCCAGCUUUCAGUGGAAUUGCCCGACUGACUUGGCUGAUUGACCUCUUUGGAGACCUCACUGUUACCUCUGCCACCAGAGAAGAGCAGAAGGAUAAGAAUUAUUCUAGAAUGACUGUCCAUUUUCAGACUGCAAACAAGAAGCCUCUGACUUGGAUUGAAGAAAGAGGACCAGGAAUGAGACGUGAAAAGAAAAUCAAUUUCUGUUUCACCAGUGGUUGCCUGGAGAACUUCCCUCAAGCCCCAAGGUCUGCUGUGGGCCUUUUCAUGCAGGAUCAGAACCUCUUUGCCAAAAAACUGCUGGGACAGGUAUCCAAGGAAGAGCUGGCUGCUGAGAAAUGGCGAAUUUUGCGAUGUCUUGACCUUGCUGGGAUGAUUCAACAGCAGUGUGAGCAGCCAGAGAAAAUCUAUUCUUGAGGUUGCUCUUCCAAGAAGAACAUGGCAGACAGGAAAGCUGUAGGUCUAGUGCUCAGUGUUGCCAUCAGGCCAUUGUUGUUUCUGCGUUAUUACAUUCUCUUUGACUGACUGUCAUUCCUAGGCUCUCUACGUGGACUGGAGAUCCUGGGCUUAUGCCCCAUGCCUCCUGGUGUUUGCUAGAACAAAGCAACAUGUUACCCUGCUUUGAUGCACUGCUGUCCUUUCAGGCAGACGGGAACCUAGCAGCAACAAGGUUUCUCGUGGUUGCUUCCAAGCAGUUCAGUUGGUAAUGUCCCUGAGGACAGGUCAUGGAGAAUUACAAAUAGGUAACAUGAUUUUCCUUCUUGAGUAUUCUUUCUCUUCUAUUUAGAUCUAUCUGAAAAUGAGACAUACAGAAUUAUCUAGAACAAGGCUCUAAAUGAGUUUUCGACCUCUCUGCUUGUUCUGCAAAAGUUGUGCCUCCUCAAUCCCAACCUUCUUCAUCUGGGUACUCUGAAUUGGUUUGUGUGUUUGCUCUAAUUAGAAGUUGUGCCUGUUUUGUUUUGUGUUUCAUGCUGGAAAUCAUCUACCUUCAAACAGAACCUAUAAUGGUAUCAAACCAGAAUAGAAAUAUCUUGUUUCUGACAGGUGCCAAGUUGAGUUCAUUCUUUUUCUCUGAUGCCCUAUGCCAACACAGAAAUGUUUUUCCAGAAGAGAUUAAAACAAUACGUUAAAUUAAUACAUCACCUGAUUACUUUCCCCCCCCUUUUUUUUUUUUUUUUUUUUUUUUUUUUUUACAUUAAAAGCAUUGUGCUAUUGUCUUUCAUUUGUGUUCUGCAUUCUAAUUCAGCAUGUGAAUGAUUCUCACCUAAAAAUAAUGUAUAUCCUGAUAUUAAGAAAAAACUAACUGGUGUUCUCCUGGAAACAGUAAAAUUCAUUAGAAAUAGUGAUAAAAUUAGAAUAAAACUGUAGAAAAUAGAGCAACUUGCAAAUAUAGCCAUGCAAUUACCAAGUAUCACACCUGUGGGGAUGGGUGUUUAGCGUUUUAUAGUAGUCCCGCGGUCACAUAUGAAGACGUUAUCACUUCCCUAAAGAAUUGUUUUAUUGGAGAAGAAGCCUGAAUGGUGCACAAAACUAUUAACAAUUUAUCUGUUUGCCUUUAUUUUCUAAUUACAGCAUUUGCCUAUGCUGUAUUAAUAUAGUAGCAAACUUCAGUCUGCACAGUUCUCCCAAAUGCAGAACCAUCAUCUUUACUAUGUUAUCAUAUUGACAAUUUUGAAUAAGGACUUUGUAGGUUAUGGAUGUGUAUAUAACUACGACUAUACAAUACUGAUGAAAAAAGGUUUUCCAUUAAGUCAAUGGUAUUUAUUCUCAAGUUAGGUGCAGUUCAGCUAGAGUUUGAACCAGAGAAGGAAGGAAAGGCUGUAUUUUUUUUUCCAAAUAAUUCAGAUUUUAGGAGCAACUAGGGCUUGAUAUGUGAAUGAAUUCUCCGUACAAAAUAUGUUUAAGUCUAUUAUAUCUGUUAAAGUAAGUGAAAAGCAUUUCAAGUGUUUGAAAUCCACGUGUGUCAAUAGCAGAUAUGUGCAGGCAGAUCAUGUGCUUGUCCACCCAAACAGAUCCCUUACUGAGAAUUCUCAGGGACUUAUUUAUGAAUGUAAUGGACUUUGCUUGGGUGGACCUGAUGCUAAGUGAGCGGGAAGGAUUUUAUCCCAAUGGAUUCAUGGCAAAACACAAGAAGUCCACCUGGAUCAAAAUGAAAUUAAAAUCCGCUGUGUAUGCGUAUCUGCUAUGUAUGACAGCACACACAAUUUCCUGUUUACUGUCAAACUGGUCUGUGAGUCUGGGGUGAAUACCACCUGCUAACUGACAGCGGGUAGUCAGGGAGGGACAGCAAAGGGAAGGGAGAUUUCACGCUCCCCAGAAGCAUCUAAAUUAACCACUAAGUCUCCCGGGGGCUGCUCUGUAGUUCCUCAUGAGAGCUGUAGUUAGCUGUAUUCCUCUAAGGAGUAGAAAAUAAGCUCGUGGGAGCACCGUAAAGCAGCAGUAUAGCCAUUCAGUGAAUCGCCAUGGAGAAAUCUGUUUCUGUAGCAAGCACAUGGGGAAAUUAUCUGGUUAUUUUGAACUGGUGGAGUCAGAUUCUGGGUAUCCUGCACUGUCCUCCACCCCACUGUUCCUCCCAGCGAAUCUACUGCACUUGAAAGCCUGGAGCAUUCAAACUGCACUGUGUUUUGACACUGUGAAUUUGCUGAUGUAUUGCCAUGUUUUGUAUACAAGAACUACUGGGUAUCAAGCUUCAAAUGUAUGUAUUCCUUAAUCAGAUGUCAAACUCACCAAUAAAAGAA